UGGGAGAGAAGCAGCAUAAAAAUACAGCAGAGAGAGUGAACUUUUUCUUGCAAGGAAAGAGAAGAGUGCGGCCGACGGAGAGGUUAGUUUUGACGGCGUCGAACGGCCCGUUUGCGACGGGUUCCAGCGUUCGACGGAGAGGACGACUUCAGCGGCGUUCUUCCGGCGUCCUUGGCGCGUGUUCGGCGGCAGUCUUGACCGUGGUUUGUUAUGAUAACAGGACUUGGUUGUUAUUCCAAACACAUCUAAGCUCCAAAUCAUUGCUUCCAAUCACGCUCCAUCAAAUUACUUGGUGGGUCGGGAAGUGCACAUAAUUUUCAUGGCUCUUCUCUAACAUCAUGGUCUUAUGUUAUCGGCAACACGUCAAGAGAAAUUUUACAGUUUUGGCUGUUGCUGGAGCGAAGACGAAUGAUAAUCCUCGUCAUCUAUAUACAAAACCCCUAUCUUUAACCCUCAAUGCUCAUUUCUCAAAUAAGGUAGAUUUAGCGGAAGCUAACAACCAGUUGAAAAUAUUAGUGAAAACCAAUCACUUGAAAGAUGCGCGUGACCUGUUCGAUCAAUUGCCUCAAAGGGAUGAGGUUUCGUGGACUAAUAUUAUUUCUGGGUAUGUUAAUUCCUCAGACUCCUCUGAAGCCUUGCGUUUGUUCUCAAAGAUGCGACUUCAGUCUGAGCUACGAAUUGAUCCCUUCCUACUUAGUCUUGGUCUUAAAACUUGUGGACUCGGUUUGAAUUAUUUAUAUGGUACAAACUUGCACGGGUUUUCAGUCAAAACAGGUCUAGUCAACUCUGUUUUCGUCGGUAGUGCUCUUCUCGACAUGUAUAUGAAAAUCGGAGAAAUUGGGAGAAGUUGUAAAGUGUUCGAUGAAAUGCCGACAAGAAAUGCGGUGACUUGGACCGCAGUUAUAACUGGGCUUGUUCGUGCAGGGUAUAGUGAGGCCGGGCUCGCUUACUUCUCUGGAAUGGGAAGGUCGAAAGUCGAAUAUGACUCCUAUGCAUAUGCUAUAGCAUUGAAGGCCAGUGCUGAUUCAGGUGCACUAAACCAUGGAAGAUCAAUUCAUACACAGACACUGAAGAAAGGAUUUGAUGAAAACUCCUUCGUGGCCAAUUCACUGACCACCAUGUAUAACAAAUGUGGUAAGCUAGACUAUGGUUUGCAUACGUUUAGAAAGAUGAGGACUCUGGAUGUUGUUUCGUGGACGACAAUUGUAACAGCUUACAUUCAAAUGGGUAAGGAGGACUGUGGGCUUCAAGCAUUUAAAAGAAUGCGGGCAAGCAAUGUGAUUCCAAAUGAAUAUACAUUUUCUGCUGUUAUAUCUUGUUGUGCUAAUUUUGCAAGGUUGAAGUGGGGGGAGCAACUACAUGCGCAUGUUUUAUGUGUUGGGUUCGUCAAUGCUUUGUCAGUUGCUAACUCUAUCAUGACCCUGUACUCAAAAUGUGGGGAGUUAGCCUCAGUUUCAAAGGUAUUUUGUUCAAUGAAAUUUAGAGACAUCAUUACUUGGAGCACUAUUAUUGCGGCGUAUUCUCAAGUAGGCUAUGGCGAAGAAGCUUUUGAGUAUCUAUCACGAAUGAGGAGUGAAGGACCGAAACCAAAUGAGUUUGCCCUGGCUAGCGUGUUGAGUGUAUGUGGAAGUAUGGCGAUUCUCGAGCAGGGGAAGCAAUUGCAUGCUCAUGUUUUGUCUGUUGGAUUAGAACAGACAUCCAUGGUAUGUAGUGCUCUUAUUAUUAUGUAUGCAAAAUGUGGGAGCAUUGCGGAAGCUUCUAAGAUCUUUAUGGAUUCGUGGAAAGAUGACAUCAUUUCAUGGACAGCAAUGAUCAGCGGGUAUGCUGAACAUGGACACAGCCAAGAAGCCAUUGAAUUGUUUGAAAAUAUCCAAAAGGUUGGUUUGAGACCAGACUCCGUGACCUUCAUAGGCGUCCUUACUGCUUGUAGCCAUGCAGGAAUGGUUGACCUUGGUUUCUACUACUUCAAUUCAAUGAGCAAAGAUUAUCACAUCACUCCUUCAAAAGAACACUAUGGAUGUAUGAUUGAUCUUCUUUGUCGAGCAGGACGAUUGCAUGAUGCAGAGACCUUGAUCAGAAGCAUGCCAAUUCAAUGGGACGAUGUUGUCUGGUCUACAUUGCUGAGGGCGUGUAGAAUCCAUGGUGAUGUUGAUUGUGGACAGCGUGCUGCUGCUGAAGUUCUAAAGUUAGAUCCAAAUUGUGCUGGGACUCACAUAACCUUAGCAAACAUUUUUGCUGCUAAGGGAAAGUGGAAGGAAGCAGCAAAUAUAAGAAUGUUAAUGAAAUCAAAGGGGGUGGUUAAAGAGCCAGGAUGGUCUUCGGUAAAGGUCAAGGAUAGUGUUUUCGCAUUUGUUUCUGGAGAUCGUUCACAUCCACAAGGAGAAGACAUAUACAAUAUUUUGGAGGAGUUGGCUUCAGGAAUGGAGAUCUAUAUUCUUGAAUUGAAUCAUUUAGUAACUGAUGAUAGUGAAGAAUAAUGAAAGCUUGAUUUGUAUAGACUCCGUUUUCGAUGGAUGGCUGUCUCCUUGAUGCCUUUACAUCAUAGAAGUGAAAUCACGGACAGGAAAACUGGGAUCACUUUUGAUUUUUUAAGAAGUGUAGAGGUUGCUCAUGAAGGUGCUGGUACAUUUUUGAGAAUUCUGUUUAAUCAAUUGUGAUGCUUAUGCAUCUGGUUUGAACUAGCGAUGUCAAAGAUGAAGGGUCCAGUACAUAGAGGUAGGUGCCUUCCAUUGUUGGACUUCUUCAAGACGAGGUUGAUUCAAUGGUGUCUGUGAUGAAAGUUGAGAAGGCCCCUUUAGAGUCAUAAGUUGAUAUUGGUGGAUUGGAUGCUCAAAUUCAAGAGAUUAAAGAAGCUGUUGAGUUGCUAUUUACUCAUCCUGAGUUAUAUGACACUACAGCAAAUAACCCUUUUUAUAGCCAUUCAUUAUGCCUUUUAUUAAUGGGCUAUAAAAAAGAGAAGGAAACGAAAAACAAAAAGCUGAAAGCUAAAAUUUUCUUAUUCUUAAAAGUGAGCAUUGAAAUUUCCUUAAACCCAUUUUUGUCUUAACACUUUGUCUUCCCAUUUCUCUCUAUCUCUCUCCUUUGGCAAAUACUCUACUUCCAUCGCCGAAACCCAAAAUGCCGUGUCACAAGACUUUUAGAAUCAAGAAGACACAAGAUUUUUAGAAUCAAGAAGAAGCUUGUGAAGAAGAUGAGGCAUAAUAGGUCGAUCUCGCACUGAAUCUGCCUGAGAACCGACAACAUGAUCAGAUACAAUGCAAAGUGCAGGCACUAGCGUCGCACCAAGCUAGGGUUCUGAGUAACCUUCAAAUGUUAUGCUCUGUUUUCUUGUUUGAGGAAGGAUUGCAUACAGUGACCUUCAAAUGUUAGAAAGCAUAACCAUACUGCUUCCAUGUCUAAGGAGUUACCGUAGGUGUAGGGAGCAAUAUUUAUAAACAUGAUUAUCUCAAGACAUUUUAGCUUUUGGCGCCUUAACCCUUGAGGCUUGCAUUCUCAAUUGAAUAUGGUUCUGACACCCAACAUUCUUGAUAUUACUGUUGAACCACCUGAGAAGGAUCAUCUCCGCCAUGUCAUUGACACUAUGGCUCUUUAUGUUCUGGAUGGAGGUUGUGUUUUUGACUAGAUGAGCACAGUUGCAAUCAACAAUAGAGAAACAGAAACCACCAAAUAGAUAAUGAUGACAAUCCGAAAGCAGGCCACAAAAAGAGCAUAACAAAAGUAGCCAAACCUCAUCUAGACCCAGAAGUAACAAAGCAACAUAAAUCCAUUACCAAAAUAUCAAAGAUCCAUUAAUGGUGAAAGGAAUAACCAAAAGCAAAAAAUGUGUAACGGGAAACACUGAAACAAAGUACUCUCCCUUGCUCGCUGCCAAAUAAAUUUAAGACGAAAAAACAGAUGUAGUAGUAUCAAAAGCCUGCCAUUGUAAGUCUCUAAGCAAGAAAUCCACAAUGAACCGACGAUCAUAUCAUACAAAUCAUGUAUAACACACGUCCCUUAACUUACAACGAAUCUUCUCAAUCAAGUGGCUCACAAUGCUACAAACAAUGUGUUUAUCACCACACACCACACAAAUUGAAUAUUUUUUUUA